GAGAGGCCGGCGGCUUCUGGUGGCGUUGUGUCCGGUGCCAUUGACUCCUCCAACUCGCGGAUACCCGCGGGGUCAGCCCAAAUGAAAACGUAUUUUGUCUGUUUUCCUCCACGCGGUUCCUCGGAAGGAGGCCGGCAGUCCCUCCGAGCCAGCGGCUGCCCCUCGCUAAUGAACUCCGCUGCCCUAAGCGAGGCUAUCCAGGGUUUGCAUCUCCGAUAAUGACCUCCCAGCCAGCAGUCAGUGUUGUCCGGACACCUGAGGGAGGCGGUGUGGUGUAAAGAACUUGGACUCCGGCUGCACAUAGAUUGAGGUACCUUUGGAGGCCAGAGAUUUUGGAUUUCCUGGAACUGGAGUUGCCUGAUAUGGGUGCUGGGAACCAAACCCAUGUCCCCUGUAAAAAAGAGGUCCUCUCACCUCAACCUGGCCCAGUAUGUAGAAGGGAAUCUCUGCAGAGGCCAGAGGGACCCUUGGAGACCCAGUGGGCAGGCCAGCCAGGGUGGGCACGGAGCCUCCCAGGCCAGGGCAGUGGGCAUGGGUGGGGGCUGCAGCUGAAGACUACCCCCGCCCACUGCAAAUUCCAAGGGAUUCCCACACUGCAGCUACCAUGGCCACCAAUAAGGAGCGACUCUUUGCAACUGGUGCCCUGGGACCUGGAUCUGGGUACCCAGGAGCAGGCUUCCCCUUCGCCUUCCCAGGGGCACUCAGAGGGUCGCCACCAUUUGAAAUGCUGAGCCCCAGCUUCCGGGGCCUGGGCCAGCCUGACCUCCCCAAGGAAAUGGCCUCUCUGUCGGUGGAGACACAGAGCACUAGCUCCGAGGAAAUGGUGCCCAGCUCUCCCUCACCCCCACCACCUCCUCGGGUCUAUAAGCCAUGCUUUGUGUGCAAUGACAAGUCUUCCGGCUACCAUUAUGGGGUCAGCUCAUGUGAAGGCUGCAAGGGCUUCUUCAGGCGCAGCAUCCAGAAAAACAUGGUGUAUACAUGUCACCGUGACAAAAAUUGUAUCAUCAACAAGGUAACCAGGAAUCGCUGCCAGUACUGCCGGCUACAAAAGUGUUUCGAAGUGGGCAUGUCCAAGGAAGCUGUAAGGAAUGACCGGAACAAGAAGAAAAAAGAGAUAAAGGAAGAGGGUUCACCUGACAGCUACGAACUGAGCCCACAGUUAGAGGAGCUCAUCACCAAGGUCAGCAAAGCCCACCAGGAGACUUUCCCCUCGCUCUGCCAGCUGGGCAAGUACACCACGAACUCCAGUGCAGAUCACCGGGUACAGCUGGACCUGGGGCUGUGGGACAAGUUCAGUGAGCUGGCCACCAAAUGCAUCAUCAAGAUUGUGGAGUUUGCUAAGCGCUUGCCAGGUUUCACAGGACUCAGCAUUGCUGACCAGAUCACUCUGCUCAAGGCUGCCUGCCUGGAUAUCCUAAUGCUGCGAAUCUGUACAAGGUAUACCCCAGAGCAAGACACCAUGACAUUCUCGGAUGGACUGACCCUGAACCGUACCCAGAUGCACAAUGCUGGCUUUGGGCCCCUUACAGACCUCGUCUUUGCCUUCGCUGGGCAGCUGCUGCCCCUGGAGAUGGAUGACACAGAGACUGGGCUGCUCAGUGCCAUCUGCCUCAUCUGUGGAGACCGCAUGGACCUGGAGGAACCCGAGAAGGUGGACAAGCUGCAGGAGCCCUUGCUGGAAGCCCUGAGGCUUUACGCCCGGCGACGGAGACCCAGCCAACCCUACAUGUUUCCAAGGAUGCUUAUGAAAAUCACUGACCUCCGGGGCAUCAGCACCAAGGGAGCAGAAAGGGCCAUUACCCUGAAGAUGGAGAUUCCAGGCCCAAUGCCCCCCCUGAUCCGAGAGAUGCUGGAGAACCCUGAAAUGUUUGAGGACGACUCCUCGAAGCCUGGCCCCCACCCCAAGGCUUCCAGUGAGGAUGAAGCUCCAGGGGUCCAAGACAAAGGGGGCCAAAGUCCCCAACCUGACCAGGGCCCCUGACCUACCCCACUGUGGGGCUGGGCUCCAGGCAGCAGACUGACCAUUCCCCAGGCACCAGUGACUGGGGGAGGACCUGCCCUGCCCACUCCCCACCUUUCCAAUGAGCUCAUUGUUUUGCCAAAGUUUCUAGGGGUGCCUGUGUUCAUCCCUGUCCUGUUCUAACUGGCUCACUCUACAGUCCUGGAGGACUGCCCUGCACCUACCAGAAGAACGGAGAAGGGGUGAGCCUGAGUCUCAACUCUAUAUCUCAGCACUGCCCAUCAGAUUCAGGCCACAGGCUCCCGGGGCAGGAGGAAGCCCCGCCUUCCCACAGCUUCUUCCUCUGCCAGGUGCUUGGGCCUCUGGGAACAAACAGGAACACUAGAGACCAAAAUGGGGAGGUCCUCAAGGAGGGCUGAGCCCACCCUGGUGCCCUACCCUGGGUGCCCAAUGCUGUGUGAUGAACCUGCCAUGCACACUGCCCCAUGCCCCAUCCUCCUGCCAGGUGUAGGGGCAGGCUGGACCCUGCAUUUCUGGGGUGGGGCCUGAGGGUGAAGGGAGAAGCAUAAGCCCUUUCUGUACCUCUCUGCUGAGGUGCAGCUCUCAUCCUGGGCCCUCUAUUUUACAAACCCCUCCCUUAGCCCUGUCUUGUGCCUUGGCCUCCUGCCCCCAUCUCAGCCGUCAGACAGGGACCCUCCUACACUACAGAGGGGACAGGGAUCCCUCUCCUAGUGCCUUCUACCCUUGACCCCCAGAGCAGCUUGGCCCGGGGAGGGGAGAUGCUGCUUAGCUGAUCCCACCCUGACCCAGAGGAAGCCUCUAUUUAUUUAUUAGCUUUUGUUUACACCCUGGAAUGACCCUUUCCUCCAGGGGUCUUGUGUGGGGGAGCCCAGGGCCUCUGUGACCCCUUCCUUCUUCCCCCAACCCCCCAUUUGUAUUUAGCUGCCAAAUAAGAUUCCUGCAGGCUCCCCCUUUUCUCUGGGGGGUCAGGGUGCUGCCCCCUCCCCUCUGUUUACAUCUCCCCCCCACCCCGCUGUAUCGCAUAUUGCUGAGUUUUCUAUUUUUGCAAAAUAAAGUGAUGGAAACUCA